UGUGGUAGUGGUCAUACAGAUAUUGUUCUCUGAGUAUAGCCACAGAUCUAAGACCUUAAACUCUGUAGUGUGGUGUUUAUGUCCUGAGCUGCUGGAGGUCUGUACACCAUGCCGGGAUGGCACUGAGGAGUCUCUCGUCCAUGGCUUCUGCAGAAGUGAUAGUAGGAGUACGGUGGCAUGGUUGGUUUCUGUGCUUGGGGCUGCAUCUGAUAGUUUCAAAUCCUUCACCCAUACCAUCACAGGAAACCAACAGCUUUAUGAGAGGCUUCCUGGGUCUGGAUAAAUGCAAUGCCUGUGUGGGAACUUCCAUCUGUAAGAAGCUUUAUAAAGAGCAAAUAAGGUUUGAAAGGUGGCUGUCUCCUCAAUUGCAUUUGCCUUCAGACAAUAGGACAUCUUAUGAGGGGAAUUACACAGAUGAUUCGGAAACCUGGCGGCCCGUGGUACUAUCACGCCUGGUUUCCCCUGACCUGCACCAGCUGGCUGACAAAAGCAUUUGCAUCUCAGCAGGCAAACGGAAAUCCUGCAGCAUUGAGGCAGUUCUGAGAGCAACACCACGUUUCCAGAACUUGGACAACUCCAAUAUCCUGUCACCCAGUAUGGUGCAGGGUCUGGUUACUCCAAUGCUGCGCUGCCCAUCUCAGAGGCUGCUGGAUCGAAUCGUGCGCCGCUACUUUGAGGUAGCUGAUGUGGGCAGUGUGCAGAUGAAGCACUUCACCAGUAAGGACAAGCUCAGAUUGCUCUACACACUGGCUGUCAAUCAACAGCCUCUUAUACUGCAGAUGUUUCCAAGCACUGAGGGCUGGCCCUUCCCGCGCUAUCAUGGUUCCUGUGGCAGGCUGAUGGUGUGGGCAGGCUGCAGACCCCUGAGGAGCCUGUACCCAUCACCACUGGCACCCAGAUCUGACGCUGCCUACCAGAUCCUCCACAUCACCCAGACCUUGGCCUCCAAUAGCCUCCAUUUCCACCUUUACUACACCAGGGUUUCAGAGGACAUAUUUGGCAUAGCGGAGGAUGGACGGCUCUUCAUCAUGGAUGCCAGCACAAUCGGGAUCAUCGACCUGCAAGAGGGACUCCACACUGAGGCAGACCCACGUGAGAACUACACAGAUGUGUUCUCAUGUCUGAGCGGUUCCUGUAGAAGAACUCCUCCCUGCGAGAGCAUUCGACCCUCUCAGAGCUUUGCCUUGCUUUGUAGACAUGUCCUGCCCAAACUGCUCACUUCUACAGAUGUGCAAUGGUCUGGACUGCCCAGUAAGGCCAUCGCAGAGCUGACUGUAUGUGCAGACCGAGCACAGUCUGAUCAGAGGAUACACAAAGCUGUUCAAAUCCUUAAGGACACACUACAGGCCUUCAGGCCAUGCAAUACCGAUUAUGGAUACAGGUAUCCAGAAUGCAGGUACAGUGACAAGUUCUAGAGCAUCGGUUUGAACAAUAAAUCACAAUUUUGUGGGCACUAUAAACAUACCACAUAGGCUUUGUGCAGCAUAGACUAUACAGUUCACAUAUCACAAAACAGCCACAUUUCCAUUCAAACUGUUUAAUUACUCAAACACGUCAAACAAUUUGACAGUGUUUUCUGUACAUUUCUUACGAAACAGUUUAAUCCAUGUAUAGAAAACAAGAGAAAUGGUAAAACAACGCUGCUCCAUAAAAUUUAAUGGCGUGUACUCUCAAAAAAUAACAGCAUUCCAUCAACAAAUAUUUUCAAGCAAUAAAUACACAUUUAUAAAUAGUGUAAAUUUACAAGAUUAGAAACAUAACAAAAAGUACAAAUUAAAGUUUACUCAUUAGCCAUGUGCAA